CUCAGAGCUAAUAGCCUAGCAGCCCGUGCGACUCCAAAACCUGCCCUGGGGUUAGCCCGUUCAGCUGCGGCACCCCAGGGGUCACCCCAAGGCGGUGUAGCUCUGGGCAGGGGAGACCAUGGCCCGCCUCUUCAGUCCGCGGCCGCCUCCCAGCGAAGACCUCUUCUACGAGACCUACUACAGCCUGAGCCAGCAGUACCCACUGCUGCUACUGCUGCUGGUGAUCGUGCUCUUCGGGCUCUUGGCGCUGCUCGCUGUUGCCUGGGCCAGUGGCAGGGAGCUGGCCUCAGACCCGGGCUUCCUGACCACUAUGCUGUGUGGGCUGGGCGGCUUCUCGCUGCUGCUGGGCCUGGCUUCCCGCGAGCAGCGACUGCAGCGCUGGACGCGUCCCCUGUCGGGCCUCGUGUGGGCAGCGCUGCUCGCGCUAGGCCACGGCUUCCUCUUCACCGGGGGCGUGGUGAGCGCCUGGGACCAGGUGUCCUUUUUCCUUUUUGUCAUCUUCACCGUGUAUGCCAUGUUGCCCUUGGGCAUGCGGGACGCCGCCGCCGCGGGUCUCGCCUCUUCACUCUCACACCUGCUGGUCCUCGGGCUGUAUCUUGGGCCUCAGCCGGACUCACAGCCCGCGCUGCUGCCGCAGAGUCCUCCUCAGCCCUCUCAGAGACCAAUCCAGCUACACACAAUAGCUCCCCGACCCCAGGGUCCAGCGCCCUCUGAGGCUGACCCUUCCGCACAGCUGGCGGCAAACGCGGUGUUGUUCCUGUGCGGGAACGUGGCCGGAGCAUACCACAAGGCGCUGAUGGAGCGCGCCCUGCGCGCCACGUUCCGGGAGGCGCUCAGUUCCCUGCACUCCCGCCGGAGACUCGACACCGAGAAGAAGCACCAGGAACACCUUCUCUUGUCCAUCCUUCCUGCCUACCUGGCCCGAGAGAUGAAGGCGGAGAUCAUGGCACGGCUGCAGGCUGGACAGGGGUCACGGCCAGAGAGCACCAACAACUUCCACAGCCUCUAUGUCAAGAGGCACCAGGGAGUGAGCGUGCUGUAUGCUGACAUCGUGGGCUUCACGCGGCUGGCCAGUGAGUGCUCCCCUAAGGAGUUGGUGCUCAUGCUCAACGAGCUCUUUGGCAAGUUCGACCAGAUCGCCAAGGAGCAUGAAUGCAUGCGGAUCAAGAUCCUGGGAGACUGUUACUACUGUGUCUCUGGGCUGCCGCUCUCGCUGCCGGACCACGCCAUCAACUGCGUGCGCAUGGGGCUGGACAUGUGCCGGGCCAUCAGGAAACUUCGGGCAGCCACUGGCGUGGAUAUCAACAUGCGUGUGGGUGUGCACUCGGGCAGCGUGCUCUGCGGAGUCAUCGGGCUGCAGAAAUGGCAGUAUGAUGUCUGGUCCCAUGACGUCACUCUGGCCAACCACAUGGAGGCGAGUGGAAUGCCAGGACGAGUACAUAUCACAGGGGCUACGCUGGCACUGCUGGCAGGGGCUUAUGCUGUGGAGGAUGCAGCCAUGGAACACGGGGACCCAUACCUUCGGGAGCUAGGGGAGCCGACCUACCUUGUCAUCGAUCCCCGGGCUAAGGAGGAGGACGAGAAGGGCACUGCAGGCGGGUUACUGUCCUCUCUUGAGGGCCCCAAGAUGCGUCCAUCACUGCUGAUGACCCGCUACUUGGAGUCCUGGGGUGCAGCCAAGCCUUUCGCCCACCUGAGCCAUGUGGAGAGCCCUGUGUCCACCUCCACCCCUCUCCCGGAGAAGGCCCUGUCUUCCUUCAGCCCCCAGUGGAGCCUGGACCGGAGCCGUACCCCCCGGGGACUAGAUGAUGAACUAGACACCGGGGAUGCCAAGUUCUUCCAAGUCAUCGAACAGCUCAACUCUCAGAAACAGUGGAAACAGUCAGAGGACUUCAACCCAUUGACACUGUACUUCAGAGAGAAGGAGAUGGAGAAAGAGUAUCGGCUCUCUGCACUCCCCGCCUUCAAAUACUAUGCAGCCUGCACCUUCCUGGUUUUUUUCUCCAACUUCAUCAUCCAGAUGCUGGUGACAAACAGGCCCCCAGCUCUGACCAUCACCUAUAGCAUCACCUUCCUCCUCUUCUUCCUCCUCCUCUUCGUCUGCUUCUCAGAGCACCUGACGAAGUGUGUCUUGAAAGGCCCCAAGAUGCUGCACUGGCUGCCCACACUGUCUGUCCUGGUGGCCACACGGCCUGGACUGCGAGUUGCCCUGGGCACCGCUACCAUCCUGCUCAUCUUCUCCAUGGCCAUUACCAGCCUGGUCUUCUUACCGGCAGCAUCAAACUGCCCUUUCCGGGCUCCCAAUGUGUCCUCCACGGCUUCCAACCUCUCCUGGGAGCUCCCUGGGUCCCUGCCUCUCAUCAGCGUCCCAUACUCCAUGCACUGCUGCGUGCUGGGGUUCCUCUCCUGCUCCCUCUUCCUGCACAUGAGCUUCGAGCUGAAGCUGCUGCUGCUCCUGCUGUGGCUGGCAGCCUCCUGCUCCCUCUUCCUGCACUCCCACGCCUGGCUGUCCGACUGUCUCAUCGCCCGCCUCUAUCUGGGCACCUUGGACUCCAGGCCAGGGGUGCUGAAGGAGCCUAAACUGAUGGGAGCGAUCUCCUUCUUCAUCUUCUUCUUCACCCUCCUGGUCCUGGCUCGGCAGAAUGAGUAUUACUGCCGCCUGGACUUCCUGUGGAAGAAGAAACUGAGGCAGGAGCAGGAGGAGACAGAGACGAUGGAAAACCUGACUCGGCUACUCUUGGAGAACGUGCUCCCCGCGCACGUAGCCCCCCAGUUCAUCGGCCAGAAUCGGCGCAACGAGGACCUCUACCACCAGUCCUACGAGUGUGUUUGUGUCCUCUUCGCCUCAGUCCCAGACUUUAAGGAGUUUUACUCUGAAUCCAGCAUCAACCACGAGGGGCUAGAGUGUCUGCGGCUGCUCAAUGAGAUAAUUGCUGAUUUUGAUGAGCUGCUCUCCAAGCCCAAGUUCAGUGGGGUGGAGAAAAUCAAAACUAUCUGCAGCACCUACAUGGCAGCUACAGGCUUGAACGCCACCUCCGGACAGGAUGCACAGCAGGAUGCUGAGCAAAGCUGCAGCCACCUUGGCACCAUGGUAGAGUUUGCCGUGGCCCUUGGGUCUAAGCUGGACGUCAUCAACAAGCACUCAUUCAACAACUUCCGCUUGCGUGUGGGGUUAAACCACGGACCUGUAGUGGCCGGAGUGAUUGGGGCCCAGAAACCACAAUAUGACAUCUGGGGCAACACGGUGAACGUGGCCAGCCGAAUGGAGAGUACAGGCGUCCUGGGCAAGAUCCAAGUGACCGAAGAGACAGCCUGCGCCCUGCAGUCCUUAGGCUACACCUGCUACAGCCGGGGCAUCAUCAAGGUCAAAGGCAAAGGGCAGCUCUGCACCUACUUCCUGAACACAGAUUUGACACGAACUGGACCUCCCUCGGCCACCCUAGGCUGAGAACCCCACCCCCUCCUCCCACCUAUAAGAUCCUCAAUA